AUGGAACUUACACAACAAUCCGAUGUGCUUGGAAAACGGUUCUGUCCCACGGAACAAGUAUCGGACAACUGUAGUCGUCUAAUAGAUCUUUGCAACCAGACGAACCCCAUCAUUGCAUCUACGCUUAGGAGGAAUCAACGGCGCCAUCAGCUUACGUGGCAGAAGUCAACCCCGUUAACGCCAGAAGAGCAGCGCAAGUGCAAGAUGUCGGCUCUUAAGUUUCAGUUUGAUCACGAUCUGACAACGAACAUCCCUUUGUCAAACAUUCGAGAAUAUAGAGGUCUGCUGAAACGUCGCAUUCGAUUCCGACCACCGGCCAGUUCUCCUCAGCUUGGUGAUGGACUUCCAGGACUCGAACUUCCAGGAAGGAAGUCUUGGAGUUCAAUAUCAACCAAAGCUCGACUUGAGAGACGACUCGACUCGUACCUGAAAGACGGCGAAUGCAGAAAAAAGUUCUCACAACAAGUGUCGAUCAAUAUUGGAUAA